AUGCCUGGUUUGGACUCGAACCAAACACUCAGCGCAGAGCAGGGUAACUCCCUUUCGCAUUCCGCGCCAGGCUCGCUGUAUGAGUACCCCGUGACCUCGGAGUCCGACACCACGGCUGCGGCCUUGUUCGAUCCUGCAUAUUCUCUUCAGCCUUCUACGCUGGCGGUUUCGGGUUCCCAGGUCGCGCAGACGUUGUCCAUGGUUAGUCCGCUCGAAGGGGUGAACCCCUUUGACUUCUCGCUGGACCCUGCGCUCGAGUUGGGUGAUGGCACGUUGGGAUAUUUGAACGAGGUCGACCUAAGUAUGGAUUUGGAGAUGCCGGCUAUGGAGGAAGUGUUUCAGGUGGAGGAUUGGUCUAGGUAUAUGUGGUCGGCUGAGACAGGGUUCGAGCAUUUAGAUACCGGAUUUCCACCUGUGUCGCAAUAA